ACUGAAACUUGUGGAAAUGUUGUCUUUUGUUUACAAUCGGCCGGCAUUCGAGGUGUAGGCUGGUGGGUGGGAGGCGCUUCGCUUCCAGGCUCGAGGCCCUGCGCAAGUGAUUGUGAUCACUUCAGCUGGUUUUUGACUGUCAUCAGUCUGCUGGCUGCCUGACCACCAUGGGUCUGCUCUCUGAGGGCUCACCACUCUCCUGGCCAGAGACCAAGAGGCUGGCACCGCACGUGCAGCGUCAUGGCAUCGAGCAGUUCAUCAACCAAUUCCGUAGGCUCAAGGAGCGGCGUGGCGACAGCCUCAAAUGGGGCGAUGAGGUUGAGUACAUGGUGCUGCGUCUGAACCGCGAGGCGCGCACGGCCCGCCUGUCGCUGCGAUCUCCCGAGCUGCUGGACCAGCUGCAGGCCACGGAGCGGCAGGACCCUAGCGCGGCGCCUUCGCUGUGGCGACCCGAGUAUGGAGCCUACAUGGUGGAGGGGACGCCGGGCCAGCCGUACGGCAGCAUCGUCUCCUUCUUCAACACGGUCGAGUCCAACAUGCGCGCCCGCCGCCGAGAGGUGGAGGCGAUCCUGCAGCCGGACGAGAUCCUGCUCAGCAUCACCAGCUUCCCCAGGCUGGGCUGCGGCGUGUUCACCGACCCGCCGUGCUACCCGACGCCGACGGCCGGCUCCUCCCAGUCGCUCUUCAUACCGGAGGAGGUCAUCUUCCCGGCCCACCCGCGCUUCGCCACGCUGACACGCAACAUCCGCGAGCGGCGCGGCAAGAAGGUGGCCAUCAACAUGCCGAUCCUGGUGGACGAGCGCACGCCGCGGCCGUUCAUCGAGGACCUGUCCCAGUACGGCGACGACGGCCGCUCGCAGCGCGCCGCCCUGCCCGACCACGUGUACAUGGACGCCAUGGCGUUCGGCAUGGGCUGCAGCUGUCUGCAGAUCACCUUCCAGGCGGAGAACCUGCUGGAGGCGCGCCGGCUGUACGACCAGCUGAACCCGCUGUGUCCCAUCCUGCUGGCGCUGACGGCGGCCUCGCCGGUGCACCGCGGCCACCUGCUGGACACCGACUGCCGCUGGGACGUGAUCGCCAUGUCGUGCGACUGCCGCACCGACCAGGAGCGCGGCCUCGAGCCGCUCACCACAGAGCGCUUCGUCAUCCCCAAGUCGCGCUACGGCUCCACCGACUCAUACAUCUCCGAGUGCGGCCGGCCCUACAACGACGUCAAACUAGUGAUGGACGAAGAGCUGCAUGCGCGGCUGCGCGAGGGCGGCAUCGACGACCUGCUGGCCGCGCACGUGGCGCACCUGUUUGUGCGCGAGCCCAUCUCGCUUUUCUCGGAGAAGAUCGAGCAGGACGACUCGGUCGACAUGGACCACUUUGAGAACAUCCAGUCGACCAACUGGCAGACAAUGCGCUUCAAGCCACCGCCGGCAGGCAGCAAUAUCGGCUGGCGCGUCGAGUUCCGACCGUGCGAGGUGCAGCUGACCGACUUCGAGAACGCCGCCUUCGUGUGCUUCGUGGUGCUGCUGACGCGUGUCAUCCUCUCCUACAAGCUCAACUUCCUCAUCCCUAUCAGCAAGGUGGACGAGAACAUGAAGCGCGCGCACCGGAAGGACGCUGUGCUGCGCGAGAAGUUCUGGUUCCGCUCCGACUUCCUCUGCGACGGCUCGCCGAGCAUGGACGCCGAGCAGGAGUACAGCGAGCUGACCAUCAACGAGAUCUUCAACGGCAAGGGAGACGAGUUCCCGGGCCUGGUGCCGCUCGUCUCUCACUACCUGAACGCCAUCAACAUUGACGCCGACACGCGCUGCACGACCGGCCAGUACCUGCAGCUGAUGAGGCGGCGCGCCUCGGGUGAGCUACAGACCACGGCGCGCUGGAUGCGCGAGUUUAUCGCCGGCCACGCCGACUACCAGCGCGACUCGGUGGUGCCAGAGAGCACGGCGUUCGACCUGAUGGUGGCCUGCCACGAAGUGACCACCGGGCGGCGGCCGGCGCCGGCGCUGCUCGGCGGUCUGGGCACCUCCCGUACCGAGAAUCACCUGCCGGCGGCCAUCCACCGCACGCCGUCACUCUACAAACAGGACGCACAGACGUAGGGCGCGGCGCCGCGGCACCCGGCGCCCGGCCGGGCUCAGGGGCCACUCAGGACAGCGCCGUGUGUGCGGGUCGCGGAACGCCAGUGAGGGCUGGGCGGAAAGAGCUACACCCGCUGCCAGUGAGGACAUUAGGGAUGAACUCUGUGCGGGGACCGAGGGGCCAGCCUGUCGGACCAACCUAUAGUCGCAGGGGCUGCGUGAUUUAGCCCCGGCAAGAGCGAUGUAGCCUUUCCACGCUGCGUAGACUGAGUUCCGUCGGGCCGGUCUCGCAAUCCUACCAGUCGCACCGAUUCAUUCGCGAGCCGCAGGCAAUCCACGCCAAUGCAUUUUCUAUAGGCCAAUAUGUGAGGUGUGUCUGUGUGUGUGCGUGCGCGUGUCGUAGUGCAAUCUACAGCACACGGGCUUGUCCCGGCUGAUAGUGAUUAGUCAUGAUUUGUGCAAUAUGUGAAUAUUGUAGCGGGUUUAGCUGUAGAGAGCAGCUGACAAUGAUAGGAAUUCAAUCUUGGUAGCUCAAAUCCAUCGAAUUAUGCUACCGAGCGACGAAUGAUGGAGACGUGCCACCAAUUAUCCGACCAGUAGCGCACGGCAAUUGCCAAUAUUGUCAUUUGUAGUCUGAUUUUCUCGGUCGUUAUUCUGCCUGCAUGCCUUUCAUCACAGACGUUACGUAACGGGCCGCGCUCGGCACCCGUCCGGCCGCGCCAGCCUGUCACAUACAGACGUGCACCCAGACA